AUGAUUCAAGUUGAAAUCAAGUUUUUGUUUGAAUUCCUCGAUAAGUUUAUCAUCCCAUCUCUGAAUACAUCCCAAGCUAGUGAUGCAGAACUUGGAUUCUCCAGUGGUUACCGAGCAAGGUUAUGGCCAGCAACUGUUCUGGAGCACCAUGAAACUUUAAGUAAAAUGUUGAUGUCUCCUGCAGAAUAUUUUCCUUUAACAUCACAACAGGUGAAGAUGUCACUGAAGGACCCAGCAGCUAUCAACCAUUUUCACAAACAAGUGCAGAGGCCAAUGUUACAAGAAGCAAUUAAAGUAAUCAAAGAUUAUGGAGCAGAGUGGUUAACUUUUCCCAAGUUGUUUGGAAUGGGAGCCGAUCAGAGAUACCAAAGUCCUUUCUGGCAUUCAGUUUUAAAGCUUCUUGAAAUUCCAGUCAGAUCUGAAAAUCAACAAGAAAAGUCAGUGAACAAUCUCUUUCAUGUACAUGGACAGAACAUUCUAACAUUGGUGUCUAAGGAUAGAGUUGGAUUGAUUAAAUGGGCCACUCUUUGGAAAUUGAUGGAACCACAAUUGCUCAGUGAGAUCAAAGAAAUUGCUUCGAUCAUCACCACACAGCUCAAUCAUAAGUAAAGAAGCCACUCAAAACCUGUUUGAGUUCUAUGCCAAGCACAUUUUCAGUCUUCCAGUUAACAAUGUUCUCGCUGAAAGACAGUUCAACCUUUCUCAACUGUAUCUUAAUGAUAACAUGUCAGAAUUAUCAAAACAGGCCUCAAUCACAUUUGUUGAAAAUAUUCUGCAUAGUGGAAAAAAACCAACACCAGGACCACAGAAGCAGCACGUGAAGUUCACGAAAAAAGAAUGAAAGAAUAUACCCAAAUGCUUACCACAGACGUUUUGCAAGAGGCAAGAAAGAACCAAACAAGAUAAGAGAAAACUGCACACAUGGGCCACUUACUGCAAAGGAUGUUUACCCUAGAGCUUGGGUAGAAAAGAAAGUAAACAAUAACUUACCAGAAACAAUUAAGUCACUAAAAGCAGAUGGUCGCAAACUUAAACUUCAAUGGAAGGCUUCUGCCAAGGGAACAUCUGCACUGGAGGGACAGAGGUCAUUCAACCCAACAGUAAUUGAGGGAGUUACCUGUACACCUGAUGGACAAGUUCCAAGACUCAUGCAGCUAGCGGCACUAAAGGUGUGGAACUAUGGGGAGGAGCUACCAAUUUAUGAUCUACCAAGAGAAUGCCAGUUGUGUCUACAAAAUCUUCCAAAUGUCUUCCAGCCUCCAACCACUCAUCUUUCCACAUCCCACAUGUCUGAACAUGUUACACCGUUGCCUGCACAUGAAGAAUAG